AUGUCAUCGCAGGACUUGAUGAGAAAAGACUGUCUCGCAACUGGGACUCUGUCCUCGGCGUCCCUGAAGAGGAGGUUCAAGAGGAGGGUCGCUCCGCGCGCGCAGCACGAUGCGGACAGCGAGUGUCAGCUGUGCAGGUGUUCCUUGUUUUCCAGUAGUCGCACCGUCCGUCGGAUCUUGACCGCCUGCGUCCUCUCGUUCCUCGCCCUGCUGGGCUCCGUCUCCUUCGACCUCCGCUCCAACUUCGACCUGCUGCACACCGUCGAGGGCGCCUACGACGAGCUGACUUCGUGCCGGACCGCGGCGAUCCUGCAGCUCGUCGGGAAGCUUCAAACCAUGAGACGCGUCUUCGCCAAAGACGCGGCCAACGAGACACCGGAGGCGAGUUUUUCCGGGGUUGCGUUUCCUGCGUUCGAUCGUCUCUGUGGUGAAACGGGGGGUCACAGCGAUGGCCACGGGGUCCCCUGCGGUGUUGAGUCCGCUGGAUUCUGCCAGGAGAUGCUGUGGAGCGUUCAGGGACUUCUAAACGCUUCGUUGGAUCCAAACAACACGAGCAUCAACGGGACUUCGGCUCACUCCCUGGCCAUCGGAAGACUUCUCGACAUCUGGGGUACAGCAGAAGACACUGUAGUCCAAGUCAAGCAGAAUUACAACUGGAGAGACGUCCUGUCCGCGAGACUUCUGAUCAAAUUCAUCGAGCUCAACCGCCAGUUGAUGGACUUCCCCGACGUGGCGACUCACACGGACUUCCAGCACAAGUGGACUCGCGGGCUCAGCUUCCUGGGCUUGGCCCGGGUUCUGAGCGAUCGACUGAACGACUGCUGGUUGGAGAACGUAGACUUGAAGUUGAACUCCAGCCAGCGUGUGAAACAUCCUCACAUUUUGGACGCGAGUCUGUGGCAGAUCUCCGGAGCUGGUUCGGAGCUUCUGUCCGGGUCUCACGCUGGAAUCCGGGUUCUGACCGACACGCGGCGGUGCUUGUUUGAUCGCGCGGUGUCCGCCCUCAGACUGGAGUCCCGAUCCGUGUCCUCGGGCCUCAGCAUGAAGGUCUGCCUGCUGGCCAUCGCCUGCCUCAUCUACCCGGUGGUGAUGUUCUCGUUCAAGCAGAUGACGGAGUGGAUCCAGAACUACGCCCAGAGCUUGAAGGAGAAGACCGAGGACCUGAAGCGCCAGAGGCAGCUGGCGGAGGAUCUGCUGCACCAGAUGUUGCCGAAGUCGGUCGCCAAGCAACUCCGCCAGCAAAAACACGUCGAGGCGGAGAGCUAUGAAAAGGUUACCAUAUUUUUCUCGGACAUUGUGGGCUUCACCUCCAUCUCUGCGUCCUGCGCUCCUCUGCAAGUGGUGGAGAUGCUCAACAACCUCUACAUGUGCUUCGACACGCGCAUCGACUCCUACAACGUCUACAAGGUGGAGACCAUCGGGGAUGCGUACAUGGUGGUGAGCGGUCUGCCGGAGAGGAACGGCGACCGGCACGCCGACGAGAUCGCCAAGAUGGCGCUGGACCUGGUAGCAGCCGUCAGACAGGUGUCCGUCCCUCACAUGCCCGACCACAGGCUGGAGCUCCGAGCCGGCAUCCACACCGGUCCGUGUGUGGCGGGAAUAGUCGGCUACAAGAUGCCGAGAUACUGUCUGUUUGGAGACACCGUCAACACGGCGUCCAGGAUGGAGUCCACCAGCCUGCCUCAAAGGAUCCACACCAGUUCGGAGACCUACUUGGCUCUGAUCAAAGACAACGCCUACGAGCUGCAGCUCCGCGGAGAGAUCGAGGUCAAGGGUAAAGGCAAGAUGAACACCUACUGGUUGAUCGGCCAUAAGAACUACAGCGUGCAGAACGACAGUCUGGUCUGCCACUGGAACCCCAACAAGGCCAGAAAGAAGAAGACGGUGGUCGGCGCCGAUGUCUCCGGGGACAACUCAUCAGUGACGGGGCAGAGCCUCAGUGAGACCACCACCCCCCCCGUCUCCCUUCCCUCCUCAGUGUUGACCCGACCCGCCGCCCCCCCCCACUGCUGCGGACCGACCGGCCCGGUCUGAGUACGGCGGCCCACGUGGAGCACUACAGCG